AUGAGGGUAAAUAUGAGUAUGGCAAUCGUUGAUAUGACAGAUGUUACCAAAGAAGACCACUUCGAUUGGAGCUACAACGUUCAAUCUAUGAUUUUGUCUUCAUUCUUCUGGGGUUACAUAGUUCUUAUGCUGCCUUCUGGCGAGCUAGCCAAGAGAUUCGGCGGCAAGCGUCUCUUAACGAUCGCGAUAGCCGCGAAUGCUUUGGUAUCUCUAUUACUACCCACUGGCGCGUACCUUAAACAUAGAACUCCGUUGAUGAAGAUCAUAACGUGCCUCCCAUUUUGGGCGGCGGUGGUGGGCCAUUGUGGACAAAACUGGGGAUUCUUCACCCUGAUGACGGAGAUGCCAACAUACAUGGCGAAAGUUUUGAAUGUGAAUUUAAAACAGAAUGGUGUGCUUUCAUCUCUCCCAUACCUGGCGAUGUACUCGUUAAGUUUCCCUGUGGGAGCAUUGACCGAUUUCCUAGUGAGGCGGAAAUUGCUCAGCGUCACCAACACAAGAAAAUUGACCAACACAAUAGGUUUUUGGGGCCCUGCACUAGCCUUGAUCGGGCUGUCAUAUACACCAGAAGGGAAUAUGGUAGCGGCAGUGGUAAUGCUGACGGUGACCGGUGCAAUCAACGCCGGCCAUUACACUGGGUACUUGCUGAUCCUAGUCGACUUAGCGCCAAACUUCAGCUCAUGGCUGAUGGCCAUCUCAAACUUCUUCGCUAACAUCGUAUCUCUUAUAGCACCACUGGUUUGCGGUAUAAUUAUUCAGGACGAGUGGGUAGUGUACCUGCCUUCUGCGCCAGAGGGUGUGGGUUCGAUCCCCACUACUGGCAAAAUAUUG